CAGCGUACGAUACACAGCUUUACUACAUUCUCUGUAGCGUUAACGUCGGUUUACACUUAUCUAGAACUUUCUUAUCUAGAACCAGGUUCUACAGUCGUUCUAUAGUCCUGCAUUUGUUUUCUCCACUGCGUUCAAGACGAGUGUAAAAAUGCAGAGCUCGGACGCGGACGUGUUGAAGUGUUUGGGAUACGAGGUGAUGGAUUUUCUCGGUGAGGGGACUUACGGCGUGGUUAAACUCGCCUACUCCAAAAGGCACCAGAAGGAGGCAGCCAUCAAAAUAGUGAAGCGCAGGCCUUCGCCGCAUUGUGUCGUCGAUAAGCUUCUGCCGCGCGAAAUCCAAAUUCUUAAAACAGUGGAGCACCCACACAUCGCCCAGGUGCUGGAGAUUUUUGACGAGCUGUCCGACGGUCGGGUGUUCGUGGUGAUGGAAUGCGCCAAAAUGAACCUGCAGGAGAAGAUCUUCGAUCUCACACGCAUUCCUAUUGGCCAAGCUAAAGCCUGGUUCUCCCAGCUCCUCAGCGCUGUGGAGUAUCUGCACCAGCAGGACAUCGUGCAUCGCGAUCUGAAGUGCAGGAAUGUCCUGGUGACGGCCGACAACCAGAUCAAACUGGCCGAAUUCGGAUUAGGCCGAUUUUAUGCCGGAUGCUUUUACUGCACGGCUGAUUACGCCGCGCCGGAGGUGAUCACAGAGACCCCACGUGAUGCUAAAAAGAGCGACGUUUGGAGUCUGGGUGUCAUCUUAUACACCAUGAUCGUCGGAACCCUGCCCUUCAGAGGAGUAUCCUUGAGGGGUCUCGUAGAAGCCCAGAAGAAACCUGUAACGUUUCCGUACGGGAUCCCGGUGGACGAGGACUGCAGGAAAUUCAUAGAGUUCAUACUGCAUGUCGACCCGUCCACUCGGCCUUCGGUUACGGAAGUGGCUAACCACCCUUGGAUGAAGAUCGAGAAAGAUCAGGAAUGUGAAACGAGUCAGACUGAAAGAUCUGAAGCAUCUUCUGCUCAGAUCAUCAUUCAUUGUGUGGAUGAUUCGAUCAGCGACGGAGAAGAGGUUAUGGCCAAUUCAGAGGAUGUAGAUGUUGUAGUAGAGGAGGAGGAAGAGAAGGAGGAAGAGGAGGAGCAUGGCUGCUUUAUCCCAGUUUCUGCUGUGGUGAAAAGAGUUGCCUCACCGAUCCUCAGAGCUUCACGAAAUCUUCGAGAGCGGAUGAGGAAGUUCUUUAAAGUAAAAUCUACAGCAAACAACUCCUCCUCUACAACAAAGACGUCUUCAGAAGUCUCCGAUCAGUCUGGGCUGGGGAAGAAGGAGCCCGUCGUUAGCGAGAAAACGAAGAAGCCGCGGUUCCCAAAAUUUAAGAUCCUCCAGAAGAAGAAGAAGAUUUCAGUUAUAUCUCUGUAGACGUGCAGCACAGCCAGCUUAAACAUCCCAAAGAAGACAAGGACUAUGAUUCAUCCGUUGGAGACGUCUAGAGCAGCUCUGGAUGAUCAUACCCAAUUUUUUUUUUUUUUGAUUUAUCAGUAAUUUAUGAGUUUUUGACCAGAGGAGGAUGGGUCCCCCCCGUGAGUCUGGUUCCUCUCAAGGUUUCUUCCUCUAGGAGGGAGUUUUUCCUUGCCACUGUCGCCUUUUGGCUUACUCACUGGGGGUUCUGUAUAGUAUAACACUCUUAUCAAAUUAUUAUGUUUAUUUGCUUAUGAGUCUUACACACUGCUUUUGGAUAACUUUAUGCCACUACUUGAUUAUAUUCCAGAGGUUUUCAAUUUGGAAAAAAGUAAUUCAGGCAGAGCGGCGGCUCUGUGGCAGGCAGAGCGGCAGCACUACUAAAAGCAGUGUGUAAGACUGGUGGAGGAGAACAUGAUGCCAAGAUGCAUGAAGAAAACUGUGAUUAAAACCAGGAUUAUUCCACCAAAUAUUGAUUUCUGAACCCUUAAAACUUUUUUU